UUUUUGCCUACCUGUGAAGACGCUGCUGCAGUAAUUUGUGUGACUCAAAUUAACGCAUGCGUUGGUGUCUCUAGAUUUUGCUGAGAAAUUAGUCCUUUAAUCCAAUAAUAAUUCUUCAGGUGAUAGAAGACUGACUUUAUAACUGUCUUUGUGCGUCUCUGAGGGUUCAGGUCCGAGUCUGUUGCUACACCCAGAUUCCAGGUGUACCCUCCUUCUGUAAUGACUGAAGCUGAGCGUCAACUCUUCUGUUUUACUACUCAACUGAAGAGAGUGCGUUGCUUUGUUGUUUACAUCUGCUUGAUGGAUGGGUUCAUAGUGGCCAAAUGAGCUGUGUCUCAUUUGCAUAAAUGUUAGGGUGUGACCAUCAAUAGGCCCCAAUUUCUAUUGAUUCUUAUUUGAAAUGAUUGCAUUAUAAUACAAAAAAUUUAUGGGAAAAUUCUAAGAUGAGGGAAUGGCAGGAAAGAGGUUAAAUACCUGCUAAAGUGGGAGACUUGACUGGUAUAAUUGAGAACAACAAAAGAGAGACUGAGUCAAUGUCAAUUUUAUUUAUAAAGCACUUUAAAAACAGAUAUUAACUGUACAGUAUUCAUAAACUUUAGAAAACACACAAGACUAAAACAUAAAUUAAAACAGACAGGUCAAGUAAAAUUGCAAUCUCAAGCCUAAUGGAAAAGCCAAAUAAUAAAAAUGAGUUAAGGAGUGAUUUGAAGUGUUCAAGACUAUAGAUCUAAUGUCAAAGAGCAAGUUGUUCCACAAAUUAGGAGCCAUGACAGCAAAUACCUGAUUGCAAUCUGCUUUUCAGUCUGGUUCUGGGAAUAUGUAAGAGCAAUUUAUUAUUUGACCAAAGUGUUGUAGAAAUGGACUGAAGAAGUGUGUGACAGACUAAUACUGAGGCUGUUCAAUUCCAACACUGAAGUAGACAAUGCCCUAAAACUAGUGGCUUUAGUGCUUUAGAAGAACUUCACAUAGCAAUAUUACUUAUUGCUGAAGUAAUAAUGGCUGCUGCCGUCUGUGGUUGAUAUUGAGAUAAUUGGGCGAGGAAAGCUGACGGUAUUGUCUCAAAAUCAUAAGAUGGUGGUGGGAUUGUGAUGUGAUGCUCUUCACUGACAUAGACUUCAGUCAUAAUUUCAUAAUCAGAAUUUUCAAUCAUUGUUUAGGUCUGAAUUUACUGUGUCUGUCUCCUGGUGCAGAAAUAUGAUGCGUGUCUCACGCCAAUGGUAAGUCAAAUUUCAAACAAGGUGAAAUGGUGAAGAAAUGUUGCAUCAGUCUUAGGGUUCAUGCUCAGACACAUGAGGGCGUAUGUCAAGGAUAAAAGAGGCAUCUUGAUGUGGGGUCCCAUUUCUCUGUCUCCUCCCUGAUGGACGGCAGUGGAGACUCCUCUCUGUGCUUCCCGAACCAUAACUCCUCCUGCAGGAGGCUGCUGCUGCCCCUUUCUGAGACCGCCCUGUUCCACAUGUUGCUGACUCUCAUCUCCCUGCUCACCGUGAUGCUCAACCUGCUCGUCAUCGUCUCCAUCUCCCACUUCAGGCAGCUGCGCACCCCGACCAACUCACUGUUGCAGUCCCUGGCCGUGUCCGACUUGGUGGUGGGGCUGCUGGUGAUGCCCAUCGAGGGGCUGCGCCACCUGGAGACCUGCUGGCUGCUCGGCAGGCUCAUGUGCGCUCUGACUCCUUAUGUCUCCUACUGUCUGAUCUCUACCUCUUUGGGCCACAUGGUGCUUAUAUCAGUAGACCGCUAUGUGGCGAUCUGUGACCCGCUGCUUUACCCUACUAGGAUCUCGGUGGUUAAAGUUCAGAUCUGUAUUUCUCUGUGCUGGGCGUGUUCGAUGCUCUACAACGGGCUGAUAAUGAUGGGCCACCUGGGCUGGCCGGACAGGUUCAGCUCCUGCCACGGGGAGUGUGUUGUAGUCAUCAGUCACAUUUCAGGAACCGUUGACCUCUUUGUGAGCUUUAUAGCUCCCUGUGCUGUCAUGGUUGUUCUUUAUCUCAGGGUGCUUCUGGCCGCUCUCUCUCAGCUGCGUGUCAUCCGAUCACAGAUAAAAUCGGCGCAGGCUGCGUCCAGAUCUGAGUGGAAGGCGGCCAGGACCCUCGCUGUUGUGAUUGUUGUGUAUAUGGUGUGUUUUUGUCCUUAUUUCUACCCUUCCUUCGCAGGCGAGGACACGUCCAACAGCUUUUCCUAUUUUGCCGCACUGUCAUGGAUCAUGAUGCUGAACUCCAGCAUGAAUCCUCUGAUCUAUGCUUUGUUCUACCCCUGGUUCAGAAAAGCUAUCAAACUCAUCCUGACCCUGAAAGUGCUGCAGCCCAACUCCUGCGAAGUGAAACUCCUGUAGGUGUAUGAUCGUUUUUCAAUUGUAAAGUUUUCAUUUAAAACAUGCUCACUGUUUUAUUCGUCUAUAGUUACUUUAUGGCCUUUAGCGGCCAGCUCUUUAAUAACUCUCACGUUGAUUAACAUGA